AUGACUAGGAGCCUGCAAACAUCCCUUACACGAAACAAACGCUCGCCUUAUACCAAGGUUGAGGUCCUCAUUCUCAAGUUUGCAUCAAGUGAUCUGGACCAUGAUCUGCGUCCCGAGGUUGAUCAGAUUAAGGCCGCUUUCACAUCGCUUAAUUACGACGUUAGGGUGCUUGACAUUGAAAUGGAAUAUUCUUGGAAUCACCUCAAGAAAGACCUGGAAUGCUUCUUGCGGGUGCCAUCGAAGAACGAAGAGACGUUGCAGAUCGUAUACUACUGCGGGCAUGGAGGUCAUCAGCCAACAAGUGAGCAAAAUCAAGAGGCUACUCUCGUGCUAUCCAGUCAUCGCCGCAGCAAACAUGCCGCCUUCGUCUGGUGGGCCAAUAUAAGCGAUCUUAUCAUGGAGUCGCAAAGCGAUACACUUGUCUUCCUGAACUGCUGUGACGCAGGCCUUGCGGCUUCUUCUACCAAGAGGGAUACCGAUCCCUCCAGCAAGUAUCGGAAGACGCUUAUCGCAGCUGGUGGCUGGAACACGAAAGUUCACCACCACUUCUUUGAUCCUCUAUGCAACAUCCUGUCCCGAAUUGCAAGGACAGGCGAGUCCAUUUCGACAGAAACACUCAAGGAUAAGAUCAAUCGCGAACUCCUACCGCACAUCCGGAAUAAGGGAGGACCGCCACAAGCUAUCCUCCAUGGGUUUCUCAGGACAAGCCGGCGCACGAUUCAUUUUGCGCGCCUGAAGAACCAAUCGGACCCCGAGCAAGGACCUAAACGCUUGCAAAAGAACGACCAACUCAUCAUGGAGAAUAUUUGGGUCCGUGAACACCAGCGUAUCAAGCAGGUAAUGGGGCGGGAACAAAAGCGACGCCCCCAGCGGGUAUCUGGAGCGUUUGCUGAAGGGUUGCAGACGUCAUGGGUACAACCGCCACUCAACCAAACUUCUUGGAGCUCGCAUACAUUGGUCUGGGAAUGGCUACAAGGCUUACCCACUCGUACAUAG